UUGUUGUACGGAUUUCAAUCUUGAUAUAUCAAUAGCCUGUAUAUUAGAAAGAAUAACCCUAACCCUCUAACAGGAUUUUGGUAUACAGUAUAUGAAAAAAACAACCCAGAAACUACUUUGACAACAUAUUUUUUUCCCUGUUUAUUUUGUCAAGUGUUGAGGACAAAAGUUGACAUUACUUCUAAAGUAAUUCUUUACCUUGUAUCUAAAACCAAAUUUCAAGGUACAUAAUUUUAGGGAAAACAAAUAAUUACAUUAACAGAGCAUAUCAUAUUCAAAACCCUUCAAAUUUCAAUCUAGCCUAGGCGAAAUCAAAAUUCUAAUUCUGCCGAGGAGGAUUUAAAAUCUGCCUGGAUUCUAAUUUGGCCUGUGACACACACACACACACACACACACACACACACACACACACACACACACACACACACACAGACACACACACACACACACACAUGUUUGUUUUUCUAUACCGGUGGGGACUUACCAUUGACUCCCAUUCAUAUCUAACUCCUAACCCUUACCCUAACCCUAACCUUAACCAUCACCAAAUCAAUGCCUAACCCUAAACAAACGUUUUUUGCACUUUUAUAUUUUUUAUUAACAACAAUAUGGCCAAGAAAACGGUGUUGCCACCCGUGGGGACCUCAUUUUAGGUCCCCACCGUAAGACAAGUCCCCACCUUUAUAGCAAAUAGUCAGGUCAAAGUCCCCACCGGUAUAGCAGAAACAAGUACACACACACACACACACACACACACACACACACACACACACACACACACACACACACACACACACACACACACACACACACACACACACACAGACAGACAGACAGACAGACAGACAGACAGACAGACAGACAGACACACACACACACAUAUAUAUAUUUAUUAUUUAACACAUUUUUCCUACUUUGCUACACACUUUUCUACACAAUUUCAAAAACAGAAAACAAUGAAUUUAAUUAUUUUCUGUCACAAAAUUAUUCUUAUUAUUAUUUUCUAACUGUGCUGACAUAUACGGAGUAAUCCUACCACAUUAAGUAAUAUUUUACAAACUGUAUAUUUGUUCUUAAUUGUUGAAACGUAAUUUUUUUCUCGUUUUUAUGACAGAUGCUGUACCGCUUCCUGCCAUCUUACCUGCCAUCUUAACAUUAAAAUCGUUCAUUUGUUGCAGUCAUGUCCCACUGCACCAGUGAUACCCUGCGUGUUUCCUGUUCAACACUUUCAUACUUGCAUAUGUUCAGACGAUUUUGAGAGGAUUAAAAAUGCUUCUUCUGCUUCUUAGUUGCUGGAUUAUUACAGGCAUCAUGACAAGCAGCUCAUCAAAGAUGUAUUAUGCACUGAAAAACAGCUCAGUAUGUCUACAUGUUCAAAAGCCGCCUCCCUAUGAACGAGGUGGAUGGACGUUUGCUGGGAAAUCUAUUGCUAAUGAAAGAAGAAUCAAUCCCAACUAUGAAAAGAGAGUGGUUUAUAGUCCUGGAAAUCUCUCCUUGUGUAUAAAGGAGCUGAAUGACUCAGACACUGGCAUCUAUGAAGUCUCAUUUGAGGAUUCUGACUAUAAUGCAAAAUCAGAGGAACACCAUGUCAUUGUUGAAGAAAUUAUUCCAAGACCUGUGAUAUUAAUAUCAGUGGUUCAGUCCAACCUCACUGCUGGAUUCUGCAACAUCACAGGCAACUGCUCUAUCCAGGAUGACUGGCUGUCAUUCGUCUGUGAGGAAGACAGUUGCAGAACAUCUCAAAAGUCAUUCAGUAAGGUCAACUUCACCAUCGACAUUGACAACACAAAUAUUAACUGCAGUGCCAGCAACCACGUUAGCAGAAAUGAUGCCUCUGAAAGCAUAACAAUGUGUUAUCAUGAAGCCAAAUCUGAACAGGGAGAGGAAUUCCCACAAUCACCUGAAACAAGAUUAAUUACUGGAGUGUGUGGUGGAGUGGUUCUUCUUAUUUGUGCUGUCAUUUUUGCUAUUUUUGCGUGCCGUCAUGACAGGGUGAGGCCACAUGCUCCUGAAGUGAUACAGAGUCAGCCAAUGGAGGCUCAUCCACUAUCUGAGCCCAGAGUCUCCACAUCUUCUUCCAGUCAAGCUGAGGCCUCCUAUGAGAACGUGGACAUCACACAACCCAACCAGACCAGCAGCCCGAGAGAGGAACUGGGCUCCAAGCAAAGUCACGAAGUAAAUACCACCUACAGCGUUGUGCAGAGGCCAAAAGCAGCUACCUGCCUGGGCAAAAGUGACAACAGCAACAAUACGAACGGACAUGAGAAUAUACAAGAGGCUUUGACUUCAGAAUCAGUCAAUGUGGAUGAGGCUCAGCGCUCUACGCAUGUUGACACAGUGUACACUGUGUUGCAGAAGCCGAAAAAUCUGAAGCCACAGCACCACCAAUAGGUGAAAGAAGUCGAAUGAUGUUUUCAGAAAGCUGUGCAAGCUGGAAUGAUGCCUUUUUCCACAUUUUCAAACAUUAUGCAUUUCUGGUCCUUUCAAGAUGAAGAUUUUACACAAUACAUAAUAUAAACAAGCUUUUAAAAAAAUAAAAUACGAAAAAAAAAAUGAACUAGUGUUUCCCACAUUUUGGGCUGAAGUCUGGGUCAUGUUUCAGAUGUCUGAGUUGUUAACAGCUCCAUCAAUCAAGGACUUUUUAAACUUGUUUUAUUUCAAUAAAUGUUCAAAUAUAUAUACAAAUAAAAAAAAUUGUGUGCAUCAUAACUUAGUUUUCUUUCUACCUGCAUAAAAAAAAUGGGUAUAAAAAAAAUUAAAAUCCGCUCCUCCUGCAACAGCUACAACAGUAACAUGCUGCUGACUCAAAUUGCUGUAUGUGUGCUUUUGCUUCAGUAAAUAAUCUUACUACUUCUUUCA